AUGAGAGUCAGAGUUGAAAUAUUUUUAAGACCAUUUUGUGAUGAAGAUACUGAUUAUGAUGUGAAAUUAUUGACCUUAAGAAUACUUGAUAAAGAAAGAGAAACAAUCAUCAGUGGAACUCCUAUUGAAUAUAGUAAUUUAUAUGAACAAUGUUGGAAAUAUGAACCAGAUGAACGUCCAAGUAUACAGGAUGUUGUUUCAACUCUUAAAACGAUUAAUUCUUCAAAACAAAGUGAGGAGGUAGAUUCAUUGAAUCAACCAUCUGUUCAUUCGGAUAAAAGCUAUCAUUCCAAGGAAUUGGAAUUGGAUAUUUAG